CUAAAUACUAUUGUUGAAAAUACAAAUUACUAUGCCGUAGCAAAAUCGGCAGGUAAAGGGCGUGAGUGGGUUUCUUUAACAGUAGAAGAAUUGUUGAUAUGGUUAGCUCUAUUAAUUUAUAUGGGCAUAUUUAAACUGCCAAGUAAAGAAGACUAUUGGAAAGCGGAUUGGAAAUAUCCUCAGCAUAACAUUACUAAAUAUAUGACAUUAGUUCGAUUCGAACAA